AAUGUAUUGUACAUAUAUAGAUACUAUGUACAUACAUACAUAACGUUGUAGAAGAAUUUUCUUUGCUUUCGCUGCUAGUGUAGUGACAUGACCGUAAUCUACGGCUCGUGAUAGAGAGGAAUUAUGUACGUGGUGAUUGGUUGAAGCGAAAUAACGACGAUGUUUUGUAUGUACACUUGAAUCAAUGAAUUGUAACUUGUAACAAUGAUACGAAUUAACUGGAUGAUAGAUGUUGUCAAGCUCAAGGACAGAAAAAGGCGAUUAUGUAUCUCGAUUGUUCCGGGAAUAGAUGGGGUGGAUGGAUGAAUGAUUGAUUGUUUUAACUCGCAACGCAGUUCUAAUGAAGUCAUAGAGUAGAUAAGUAUGUACAUAUUCGGAGAUACAUGGUGAAAAAGGAAAAAAUUACAUAAUAUAAUUUUGUCCUCGCGCGAACAGGACAUCGCAUAUAGGUUAUACACUGACCUGAUUUAAAUAACGUGUUUGAAAUUCAUUUAAAUGUUUCGUAAAAUUAACACUGUCAAAACGAUCUUCGGUGGCGCGCAUUCGUUUGCGAAUGCAUCCGUAGCGUCAAACACAUCGUCCAGAGUGCAACAAUUCAAGAAAUUGUUAAAUAAAAGCGAUUACAAUGAUAGACUUACAGAUUCUUUUGGACGGCGUCAUACCUAUUUACGCAUUUCUAUCACCGAACGUUGUAAUCUACGAUGUUUGUACUGCAUGCCAGCAGAAGGUGUUACAUUGACACAGAACAAUGGUAUUUUGAGGACAGAGGAAAUCAUUAAAAUAGCAAGUUUAUUUGUAGAAGAAGGUGUGCACAAAGUACGUCUGACGGGUGGCGAACCAACAGUUAGAAAGGAUAUCGUCGAUAUUAUCGCUGGGUUGAAAGAAUUGUCUGGUUUGAAACAAAUUGCUAUUACUACUAAUGGUUUAACAUUAACGCGUCAAUUGCCAUCGCUUCAAAGAGCAGGGCUAGAUGCGAUAAAUAUUUCUCUGGACACAUUAAGAGAAGAUCGUUUCGAACAAUUUACUCGUAGAAAAGGUUGGUCUAGAGUCGUAGCUGCAAUAGAUUUGGCUAUUCAAUUGGGCUACAAUCCUGUCAAGGUGAACUGUGUGGUAAUGAAUGGUUUCAAUACCGACGAAUUGGUCGAUUUCGUUAACUUGACUAAGGAUCGUCCGAUCGACGUACGCUUCAUCGAAUACAUGCCUUUCCAAGGGAACAAAUGGAACGAAAAUAAGAUGGUAUCUUUUGAUUCGAUGAAGAAAAUGAUAAGGAAUGUGUAUCCUGACUUACAGCGUCGUUCAAACGAGUACAAUGAUACGUCCAAAGCAUAUCACAUUCCUGGUUUCACAGGACAGGUCGGAUUUAUUACAUCAAUGAGCGAACACUUUUGCAAUUCGUGCAAUCGAUUGAGAAUAACGGCGGAUGGAAAUUUGAAGGUCUGUCUGUUCGAAGGAAAGGGGGAAGUAUCUCUACGCGACGCUUUGCGGAGUGGUGCGUCCGACGAGAGUUUGAAGGAGAUAAUCGGUGUCGCGGUACGACGUAAAAAGAAGCAACACGCUGUGAAAAUGAAUUUCUUAGCAAGAAAAAGUUGUAAAGACACACCACGAGCCAACAAAUUUUCAAAUACAAGAAGAAGAAUGUUUUCUUCGUUGUCGCAUGUGAAUAAAGAUGGCAAAGCGAGAAUGGUGGAUGUCGGUUCGAAGAUUGAAAGCAAACGCGUCGCGAUAGCGAGAGGAGUCGUACAGGUUGAUACAGAGAUAAGAAAAUUAAUAGUGGAGAAUAACGGUAAGAAAGGAGACGUGUUGUCCGUGGCACAGUUGGCCGGUAUCAUGGGAGCGAAACGUACUCCUGAUUUGAUACCGCUUUGCCAUCCGGUCUCGUUAUCCUAUGCAAACGUGUUUCUACGUUUAAACGAGGAAUCGAAUCGAAUAGAAAUCACAGCCGAGGUUCGAUGUACCGGCAAGACUGGCGUAGAAAUGGAAGCUUUAACGGCCGUAAGUAUCGCGGCGUUAACUGUCUACGAUAUGUGCAAGUUUGCGGCCUCUCCGACCGCGCUCAAGAUAACUGAUAUAGAGCUAAUUUCAAAAACUGGUGGUACAAAGGGUGACUUCUUUAGAAACUAAUUAUCUGUUUGUUUCAUCUUCGAUGUCAAUAGAAUAGACACUAUAAUAUAUACAAUACAAUGUACUAAGGUACAAAGUACAAUAUAUAAGUACGUAUACAUAUUCCGUCCACGAAAAGAUGGUAUAGUUUUUAAUAGUGAGGGUGGGGGUGGGGGUGGGGGAUCUGCGAGACUAACCCCUUUUUUUAAACGCACAUGUUAUUGUAUGUACAGUCGUUUUGUAAUCGCAUCCAAUAAAUCUGAAUUUAUUAAACUUCUAUUCAAACCUA